AUGAGCGAAUCUGACCAUCUUCUAAUAGAUCUUUCGAGCCUCGAAUGGCACACCCUCUCCUCGACCGAGCUCCAAAAGCGAUGGCAAGUCGAUAUAUCACAAGGCCUAUCCCUCGAAGAUGCCCAACAUCGCCUGACCCAGCAUGGCAAGAAUACACUGUCCCAUGUCGCACAUCCUUGGUUCACCCAGAUAUUCGGAUACUUCUUCAAAGGCUUUGGUGCUAUCCUGCUUGUUGGAUGUAUCUUGGUGUUCGUCUCGUGGAAGCCUCUGGGCCAGCCACCCGCAAUCGCAAAUCUAGCGUUGGCUAUUGUCUUGCUGGCUGUGUUCUUCAUCCAGGCAGCCUUCAAUGCGUGGCAAGACUGGUCGUCUUCUCGAGUGAUGGCCUCCAUUACUGCUAUGCUUCCCGAGAGUUGUCUUGUCCUGAGAGACGGUUCCCAGACGAUGGUGCCAGCUCCCGAGAUUGUCCCUGGCGAUGUGGUCUACAUCAAGGCGGGCAACAAGCUUCCCGCAGACAUUCGGUUUCUUGAAGCAUCGAAUGAUGCGUCCUUGGAUCGCUCAAUCCUGACUGGCGAAUCACUUCCGAUCAACGCGACCGUCGACUCUACCGAUAACAACUACCUGGAGACACACUGCAUUGGGCUCCAAGGCACCCACUGCGUUUCUGGGAAUAUUCUUGGAAUGGUCGUCUCCACGGGAGAUUCAACAGUGUUUGGCAAAAUUGCAAAACUUACCAACGAACCGAAGACCGGCCUGAGCACGCUAGAAAAGGAGAUUCUGCGCUUCGUCCUCUUCAUUGUCCUUAUCAUGUUGACCAUGGUGAUCAUCGUGAUUAUCGUCUGGGCCACCUGGUUACGAAAGGAACACCCCGACUGGAUUAAUGUGCCCACGUUGAUUGUGGACUGCGUCAGCAUUGCCAUUGCAUUCAUUCCAGAGGGUCUUCCGAUCGCCCUGACGGCCAGCUUGACCAUUACAGCAGCACUGAUGAGCAAGAACAAGAUUCUGUGCAAGUCUCUUAAAACGGUUGAAACUCUGGGAGCCGUCUCCGUGAUCUGUUCGGACAAGACGGGCACAUUGACGCGGAACAAGAUGUUUGUCACAGACAGUGCUGUCUCGACGGACCGGUUUGACCCGGAAACUGUCCGGGAUAUGCUCGGUGUGCAACACCUCCGGUCCGUCGCUGCUCUAUGCAACGCGGCUGAAUUUGAUGCUUCCUCUACAAACCUUCCCAUAUCAGCAAGACACGUAUAUGGAGAUGCAACCGACCAAGCCGUUCUCCGGUUUUCAGAAUCUCUGGGUCCCGUGGAUGAGAUCCGACAAUUGUGGAAAAAGACUUACGACUUGCCGUUCAAUAGCAAGAACAAAUUUAUGAUCCGCACGUUAACUGCGGUCGAUCCCAACGGAGUGUCGCUAGCUUUGUCUCCGGAUGAGGCAUCGCAGUUUAAACGGGAAGACACCCUGCUCACUAUCAAGGGUGCCCCGGACAUUCUAAUCGAGCGUUGUACCAAGAUGAUUGUCAUCGACGGAACCGUGAAAGCACUGGACUCAUCGGCCAUGACAUCUGUCAAAGAACUCAAAGAUCGUUGGUCUAGCGAGGGAAAGCGUGUGAUCCUCCUAGCUCGCAAGACUCUCCCAGCAGCGGAGAUUGGAAUAUCCCCAUCUUCACGAGAGUUUGAAUCAGAGGCCUUCCGCCAGGCCAGCACCGGGUUAACCCUAGUAGGCCUUCUUGGUAUUGUUGAUCCCCCUCGAGAGGAGAUUCCCGAUGUAGUGAGCACGUUACGAGGAGCAGGCAUUCGGAUCUUCAUGGUCACCGGAGACUUUGGCCUCACGGCGCUUUCGAUUGCACGGCAAUGUGGAAUCGUCACAACAAGAGAUGUUGAUAACUUCGAAGCCCUGCAAAGAGUCCCUGGAUCCAGUUUAACCGAGAAGGACGUAGCUGCAUCGUCAGCUAUCGUCAUAACCGGAACGGAACUCAUGAGUUUGAACGAUCAUCAAUGGGAUCAACUCUGUCAGUACAGGGAGAUUGUCUUUUCACGGACCACUCCGGAACAGAAACUUCGCAUUGUGCGUGAGUUCCGCGCCAGGGAUGAAAUCGUCGGUAUGACCGGAGAUGGUGUCAAUGAUGCCCCAUCCCUCAAGGCGGCAGAUAUCGGCAUUGCAUUGGGAAGCGGCUCCGACAUUGCCAUUGAAGCAUCCGAUAUGGUAUUGCUGGAUUCCUUCUCAGCCAUUGUGGAGGCUGUGCAGUACGGUCGCGUCGUGUUUGACAAUCUGAAAAAAACAAUCAUAUACUUGCUUCCCGCUGGGUCUUUCUCGGAGUUCUGGCCGGUCAUGACUAGCGUUGUGUUUGGAUUGCCGCAGGUGUUGUCCUCCUUCCUAAUGAUCAUCAUCUGCUGCUUCACUGAUUGUGCCGCCGCAACUGUGCUUGCAUACGAAGCUCCCGAAGCGGAUGUCCUCAUGCGUCCUCCUCGCAAACCGAAGAAGGACCGUCUCGUCAACUGGAAGUUGAUCUUUCACGCCUAUGUCAUUCUCGGGAUGUUAGAAACUCUGACAUCCUUCUCUAUGGCUUACUGGUAUCUUCAGCGCAACGGAAUCCCCUUCUCAGCCUUGUGGUUUAAAUUCGGGGAAGUCCCUGCAGAUAUCGAUCCGGAUUGGUAUACGGCGCGUCUGAACGAGGCCAGUUCUGUAUACUUCAUCAACUUGGUGGUGAUGCAAUGGUUCAAUCUCAUGGCCGUCCGCACACGCCGUCUGUCGAUAUUCCAGCAUCCACCGGCGUUCAACAAACGCACACAGAAUUUGCUACUUUUCCCAGCGAUCAUCUUUGCUCUCUGUAUGGCGGUUCUCUGGUUAUAUAUCCCGCCUUUGCAGGAUGUUCUGAAUACCACAAGCGUGCCAGUGGAGCAUUAUUUCCUUCCCGCCGCGUUUGGGCUGGGGAUUUUGUCUCUUGACGAGCUGAGGAAGGCGGGGGUUAGAAAGUGGCCCGGAGGUUUUUUGGCGAAGUGCGCCUGGUAG